AUGCUGAAUCGCUUCCGGCCAGCGCGGCUAGUAGCCCAAUCCUCCAGAUGCUUGCCCUUGACGAGGGCGCGGGCAGGUCCCUUGCCCGUUAACAAUGUCAGGACUUUGGCUACGAGAGCCGCUGCUGUCAACACCAAGGAACCGACCGAACGCGACAACAUCACCACUCUCUCCAAUGGUGUCCGUGUCGCUUCCGAGGACCUUCCUGAUGCCUUCUCCGGUGUAGGUGUCUACAUCGACGCGGGGUCCCGAUAUGAAAACGACUAUGUCCGGGGUGCCAGUCACAUCAUGGACCGGCUAGCCUUCAAGUCUACAAGUACGAGGACCGCGGACGAAAUGCUCGAAACUGUUGAGAAGCUCGGUGGUAACAUUCAGUGCGCUUCUUCUCGCGAGUCUAUGAUGUACCAGGCGGCCACCUUCAACAAGGCUAUUCCCACCGCUGUUGAGCUCAUGGCCGAGACCAUCCGCGAUCCCAAGCUUACGGACGAGGAGCUGGAGGGACAGAUCAUGACGGCGCAAUAUGAGGUCAACGAGAUCUGGUCCAAGGCCGAACUGAUUCUGCCCGAGUUGGUGCAUAUGGCUGCCUUCAAGGACAACACUCUUGGCAACCCGUUGCUUUGUCCCAAGGAGAGGUUAGAUUACAUCAACCGGGAUGUCAUCCAAACAUACCGCGACGCUUUCUACAGGCCCGAGCGCCUUGUUGUUGCCUUUGCUGGUGUGCCUCAUGAGAAGGCCGUCAAGCUCGCCGAGAAGUACUUUGGUGAUAUGAAGGCCUCUGAUGCUCCCGGUCUCUCGAGGACAGGUUCCGAAACCUCUGUCGACUCGCUAGUGUCCGAGUCCAGCGAGGCCUCGAGUGAAUCUUCAUCAUCCUCCUCGGACUCUUCCGAGUCGAGUGGCGGGCUGCUCUCCAAGCUUUUCUCUCCCAAGGCCAAGAAGGCCACCCCCAACCCCUUCCUCACCCGGGUACCUAUUAGCACCGAAGACUUGACUCGGCCCGCUCACUACACAGGCGGUUUCCUCACCCUCCCACCACAGCCCCCACCGCUCAACCCCAACCUUCCUACAUUCACCCACAUCCAGCUCGCCUUCGAGGGCCUCGCCAUCUCAGACGACGACAUUUACGCCCUCGCCACCCUGCAGACCCUCCUCGGCGGCGGCGGCUCCUUCUCCGCCGGCGGUCCCGGCAAGGGCAUGUACUCGCGUCUCUACACCAACGUUCUCAACCAGCACGGCUGGGUUGAGUCCUGCGUGGCCUUCAACCACUCAUACACGGACUCGGGUCUCUUCGGCAUCGCCGCCUCGUGCUACCCGGGUCGCACCCUGCCCAUGCUCCAGGUCAUGUGCCGCGAGCUGCACGCCCUCACCACCGACCAUGGCUACUCGGCCCUGGGCGAGCUCGAGGUUUCGCGCGCCAAGAACCAGCUCCGCAGCAGCCUCCUGAUGAACCUCGAGAGCCGCAUGGUCGAGCUCGAGGAUCUGGGCCGCCAAGUUCAGGUUCACGGUCGCAAGAUCCCGGUCCGCGAGAUGACGCGCCGUAUCAACGAGCUGACGGUCAAGGACCUCCGAAGGGUCGCUAAGCGCGUGGUCGGUGGCAUGGCGAAUAACGCCGGCCAGGGAAGCGGUGCGCCAACGGUGGUGCUGCAGGAGGCGACGGUGCAAGGACUCAAGACUACGGAGCUGGGGUGGGAUCAGAUCCAGGAUACAAUUGCUCAGUGGAAGCUUGGUAGACGGUAA